GCUUAAGUGGAAGGAAUCUAAAGCUAGUGCUUACCUCUGCACUUUACAUUGUAUUGAAGAGGGACAUGUCCCUGAAUCGCCGUCUUUAUAAAUGGCUUCUUGGACCUCACGAAACCGUCUCGGCUACCUAUUUUAAAGACCAUGUGCGUGAACACCUUGUGGAAGCUAUUAAGCUCGAGUUUAAGAAAGCCCGUCCUCUUCCCACCCUUGCUAUGCCUUAUAAGAUGCUCGUGGUUUUAGUGGAGAAGUCGGAGAUUGGCAACCACAUCGUCGAUGAGGUUGUCGAUCCAGUUUUAAAGUCGCUAAAGAGCACUGCAGAAACUAUGAGCGCUGAGUGGGAAAAAGUCCUUGCAGCAGCGACCCAUUUCUUUUCGUUGUUGGAUGCGAAAGCGCUUCUUAAGCACCUCACCUCUUCUGUGGAGAAGAAGCGUAAGUAUUCCAUGCCACUGCUACGGAGCAGUCACUGUUAUAUACCUCGAGGUUGCACCUGUCCAAGCCCGGAAGUUGUGGACCGUGGCGAGCCGGAAGCUAAAGCGACGGCUUGUCCAUACACUAAAGUCAUAUCCAUUUUUCUGUUUACACUACAAAUUAUGGACUUUAGUAAACUGCGGAGCACCGAUUUACUGGCUUCGGCAUUUGCUCAAACUUUCAGUGCACUUGUCACGUGCCUUGAGUCACAAUGCCACCUUUUGCCGCUGGUGCAUCUUCUACAGUUGAACAAACUCUGUGCGAAGUUGUUGGAGUCCAUUGAGCGCAUAAAAUCUGCUGAGUCAAAGCAACUGAUUUGUCUUGUAACUUUUUUCAGAUUUUUAUCCACUCUUCUGUCUAUUCGCCUUGUUCCUGCCUUUGUAGAAUGGAGAGAAGCCUCUAGCCCCGCCUAUACUGUUCUCUUUCUUGAGCACUGUAAUAUAGCUGCAAGUAUUAUUUUCUUAACGGGGUCGCUACUUGCUGCUUGCGCCUCAGAUGGCGAAGAUAUUACGGGCUAUGAGUGUGGGAUACCAGAAGAGACUCCAGCGGAGGUUAACAUUGCAGACAGUUAUGCCAUUGCUGGAAGGUCAUGGGUUAGGGACCUCUGUAAAAGUCUUUUGGCCCUUCUUAGAGUGCCCAUGUGGGCUGUAGUACACUCAGCUUUUCGAUGUCAUUCCGAUUUCAUGGCCUGUGAUAUGACAUUAGUCUACAAUGCAGAGACUUUUUUCGCGACUGCAGCCGAAAUUUUGUGGCGAUGGUUACUUCCCACCACUUCUAUUAGCCAUGUUGAAACCAUCGAAAUAGUUACAGAUUUCUUAAAGCUUCAUCGACUGCACGCCAGGUGCACUGCUGAUGAUCUUUCUGUCUGCGAGAAACUGGUUUGUCAACUUCUUACCAGCCCAGAACAGCAAAUGCGUUUGACCGCAGCCUCUCGCUUUUCUACGCUCUGGCGUUUAUCCGGUGGUCUUCAAGGCGGAAAGGACGGAACCGUCCUUUUAAAAAGAGCAGUUCUACUGAUGAAGGACUUGAUCCACGAUGAGGACGUCACCGUCCAGCAUGAAGCCCACUCCUGGCUGGCGCUAGCCUUGGCCAACUUACCCUCUCUUCUUCACCCGCUAUUGGAAAUUCUUCUGCAUCCCUCAACCCGCCGUCGCCUUAACGAAGGUGGUGGCCCUUGGGAAACUCUUGUUUACUUGGAGAGACGAACUGAUAUUGCUCAACUUCAAUACGCGAUGGACUCCAUUCAGUCCUUGCUAAGGGAGCAUCCAUGCGAAUUCAUGAAUGCACUUCUUACCGUCCAUGUUUCGGAAGCGUGCUACCUUUUCUCUUUAUACACCAUCCAGUUAGAUAACUUGAAUAUCACUUCUCCUACCAAUAUCGAUUCUUAUUUUCUUCUUCUCGCCGUUCCUGUAGUAUGGAUUAUACAAAGCGAAUUUCGGGCGUCGUCUUCUUUAUCGUUGCGCCAACUUAAUUCCAAACUUCGUGUACAAGCCAGUCACCUAGUGAGCUCACUUUUUUGCGCACUUGCUUCUGUAAGCUGCAAAGAGACAAAAAGCGCUGCUGCACUACUCUCUUGGUUGACAACUGUCCGAGAGACCCUUCAUUACUGCUUAACUUCUACGCUGUUAUCUAACGUUUUCGAAUUACAGCCUACUUUACUUGAGGGUUUGAAGUUUCUUUUGAUUGUCAUAUACAUGUGUGAUUCAUCAUCUAUUACCUGCACAAUCUCCUAUGAAACUUCCAUUAAGACUGCAUUUUCUCUGCAAGAGCCAGUAAGAGUUUGGAAGUACUGGAUAGAACACCUUAUGAACUGUUUACCGCUUAUGGGUACGAGUUCUGCUGCCCUCCUGACUCUGUCUAUACAGUCCCUAUGCCGUUGCCUCGACUCGCUGGACUUGUUGACCGUCGAUCCGCAUCACCCAGUCAUUUUGCUAGAGGGCCUUAAAGGCUUCCUCCGCUAUUGCAUCCCCCAAGAGAAACGCCCAGACCGCAUGGAAAAAAUUGAGUUGUCCGGAAGUUCAUCAGGUGCCUUCAGCCUUAUUAGUGCAAUGAAUAUUAGGCUUUACCAGUGUGGCAAUAAAGGUUUAGCCUAUAAUCUGGACUCCCUGGAUGUGUCGGAGCUUAUCCUCGUUCUUGUUCGUUGCAUGGCUGAAACUCUAGCUACUUUGUGGAAUGAAGGCCUUUCCUCCAAAGCGUUAUGGCCUGCUGGUCUGCUUUCUGCUGUUGGGUGUAUAAAGGCCCGGAACCACCAUAUUGAGGCACCCUUAAAAACACUAAAAGACCUCGUGUUAGAUAUUUUGAACAUUAUGUUUUACAACUUUCCGGAACAGUUUAUCGCCUCAGUGCUCUCCUUAUGGCCAGCAGACAAUCCUGAUGUCAGCCCUUCUUUAAAGGAAUUAUGUCGUGCAUCCCGUGCACCCACCGAAAGAAUGGAUACUGCUAUUCAUAUGCUAACUAUGUUCCACGGAAGAGAGGCGGGCUACGUUGUGCAAUGCCUUCAAAGCAGACUGGAGCGCAAGGAGCAGCCUGUUGACUGUUCGCUUCUAGAGUUCCUCCACCUUUACUUGAUGAAGUGUGACGGCGAAGCUUUGAAGGUCAUCUGGGAAGCCCUUCUGACUUUAAUCCGCCGGCUUAACUCUUCUGCUCUCGCACUGAACUCCUUGUUGUGGCAAUAUCUCUGUUUCUGCGUGUGUGUCGAUCGGCACAAUUUACUAGGAGACCGCCGUUUGCUUCGUCCAGCACAGGAAGUCUUCUAUAUGCUCUCGAUGGCCAUACUAAAUGAUACCCUUUCCUGUUCCAAGGUCUCCGAGAAGGCGCAUGCGUUGAAAAUAUUUACAACACGGUUUCUAAAGGCCAUUGAAUUAAUUUUUCCUCGGGGGAACAAGGACAGAACAUAUUACAUAUCGAGUAUUCUCAGUCCAGUUUUUACUGCAGUCAGAAAGGAACAGCUUUAUGGUGUGCGCCCCUGGGCGCAAGCCGAAGUAGUGGAUUUUAUUGCAUCCGUCACCGAAAAUCUUUCUUUUUUCGACGUCUGGAAAAAAGAAGUGCACGACAUAUUUAUGGCACCCAACUUUUUUAGAACUACAGAAAUCUGCCUGCGGCUCUGGAGCAUCUGCAUUAAGAACCUUACUAACAACGAUACCUCUUUAUUGGAAGAACUUCUUGACCAGGAGUGGUCGGUGGGCGGUGUGAAUCCGUUGGGACUUUUCGGCAAUCUGGAGCAGGAAACCGGGCAGAGGGCCCUUAUGCUCAACCGUGUAGCAUUCAUCCUCUUUGCUAACCAGAUGGACCAGUUUCAGCACUUGCUUCCGCAUAUAAUGGAAAAAAUUGUCGAGUGUAUGAAGCAUCCCAACGCCUGCCGGCUUCACUCCAAAGUCCUUUUCUUGUUUAGAGUUGCCUUGCUGCGAUCUUCUCCAGCAUCCUUGACCUCCUGGUGGACCUCUUUCAUAUUUGAGAUGGAGAAAAUAUUAGUUGAUGCGCUUCACUUUCUAGAAGUUGGACGAGAAUUUGACGAUGAUAGGUUGUCCAGCAUUCUCUCUUGUUGUAAAGUUUUGGAUCUGGUUUCCUCCCUUCCGGUCGAGCGCUUUAAAUUGCAUCAGUGGGUCUUUUUUUGUUCAGCAAAAUCUUCUACAUCUUCCCCUUUGUCCUGUUUUACUCCAUUAUUGGAGCGUUUGUAUCUCCACAUCCAAGCGAGCAGUCCUGCGCUUCCCGAGAGUAGUAGAGAUUAUAUAAAGGACAAAGUCGAGGGUGAUACCUUAUUAGAUGAAUUCGGGAGGAGAAAAUUGCUUUUGACGCUGAGAAGUAUAAAGCACAUUAGCGAACUUGGCCCCUUUCUUGCAUUCUUUGAAAAUUUCACUCGCAAAGCGGAAGUUUUAAAGUGUGAAUUGGACCUAGAUAGCGUUUCUGCUAUGAUUUGUCAAGAGUUUAUAGAAUCUUCGGUGUAGGUUGUCAGGCCAAUGACAUAACAAUUGAAACGGCAUUUUUAGAUCUGUAUAGUUUUGUCGUACUUAGAG